AAUUUUACAAUUUUUAACAUUCUCUAACCUAAGUACGGCGCAGAUAUCCCACUGUUUUGAUCACGUCCACUUUAUCCGAUGGCCAACGUUAGUCAAAAGCGAAAUUUGAACGGAAACAUCCUAGAAACUCUCUUGGAAACGCAUCCCCCCAACCCUCCACUUUGCUUUUAUACAUAGUGCUUUUGCCUUUUAGAGCCCAAAGGCGCAGCCAAGACCAAGACUCUUCCAGAGAUGAGAAGCAAAAAUCUAAUGUUAAACUUGAGAAGAUCAUCAAAGGAUGGUGGAGGUGGGCGAUCCAAGCCAAAUGAAGGAUGUAAAAGACACCCAAAGCACAGGCAAUCACCCGGGGUUUGUUCACUUUGUUUAAGAGAGAAACUUUCUCAGUUAUCAGCUCAUUCUAGAUCACGACGUCGUACUACUACUACUAUUGUUGCCUCUUCUUGUUAUUCUUCUUCUUCUUUGUCAUCUUAUCAUUCUUCAUCGUCAGUUUCUUCUUCUUCCUCUCCCAUGCAUCGUUAUCGUUAUACUAAAGACGGAAAGGGUACUUCUUUUUCUUUGUUAUUGUUUAGUGGCAAGAAUAUACUCUCCAAGAGCAGAUCAGUUGCUUUUGCUUCGAGAAUGAGAAGCAAAGAAGGUGAUGAUCAUCAUAAGAAGGAGAAGAAGAAAGGUGGGUUCUUGUCAAAGUUGCUCCACCCAAGAAAUACUAAGAGAAAAGAGGAACAUACUGGUUUAGGGCGUUCUAGGCUAAGAGAGAGAUUUUGACCAGCAAGGUUCAUUUAUGGCAUGCUGUUUGUUGGAUUUUUACUUGUUUCAUUUUCUUUCAUGCAUAAGUUUCCUUGAUAGAUUAGAGUCCAACAAACUUUUUAAUUAAUCUAAGCAAAUCUAGUCCGAGGAGCCUAUCAUUGUUGAUCCAAGCAUGAGCACUUCUAAAUUUAUACAAAAACAGAAGAAGAAAAAAAGAACAUUAAGCAGAAUUACAUGUUAAAUGUAUUGUGUAUAUACAUCUUUGUAUGUUGAUUGAUGUAAGCAGAUCGGCUCUUUGUUUCUGUCUCUACCUGCUAAGUGCUGACAAAAAUAAGGUAUUGUAGUUUCAGAAACUUUUAUGGUACGAAAUUGUUUAAUUCUUUUGUUGUUCCUUCUUAGUGGAAUGGCAAGGAAAAAGAUUAGAGAAUCAAUUGGUUUUGUUUUCAUUUGCUUGCCGUUUGUGAAGGAAACGUUGUUCCACAUAUUACAGCAAAAACAUUCUGGCAAAACCCUAGUCUGAUUAAUCAGCGGCACAAGCUGUGGGCUGACCAUAUAUAUAAAUGGCCCUGUCGUACAUGCAUGAUCUCUCCAUCCAAGAAAUUUCUUGGCCUUGCCAAAAAAUUCAAAGAUUCAA